AUGAACAUGCCAUACUUUAAGCCUCGUUCAUAAGCAAGUCAGAAUUCUUUUAUUAAACAAUAUCAAGACUUCCUAUAAAAGAAUAGAAAGAAUACUGCAUCCAUCUUAGAACCAAAAAAACAAUAAGCAAAAUAAUCAUAUUCUCCACUCUUUAAACAACCUAAAUUAAGUUAAACAAAAGUUAAAAAUUUAAGAUUGCAAACUAGUCCCAGUCCUAAGAGAGCACAUUGCUAUUCUCUUAGUAGUAAUCAAUAAACUGAAAAUUCCACCUAAAUAGACAGAUCUUUAAGUCAAUAUGAAUUUGAAACAAAAGACAAAUCUGUAGUUAGUAGUGCCAGUCUAUUUUAGGAAACAACAAAAUAAUUAGAAGAAAUUAAAUAACAGACUCCUGAGUUACAAUAAGGGAUCGUUGGAAUUUUGGGUUUAAUUAAAAAGGAAAAAUAAGUCAUUUUAAAUGACAUGAAGCAUAUGACAAAGCAAAUGAACAAAUAUAAAUAACAAUAUGAGGAAAUCUAAAAGCAAUAAGAAUAAUUGUAGCACAAAUUCAAAGUAGCCAAAGAUGGCAAUGAAAUUCAUGCUCGUUCUAAAGAUAAAGUUAAUGACACUUACCUUUAAAUGAUUUAAUUGCUGAAAGGCCUUCAAGUUGAGUAUAAUGAUGUCUUACCUGAAUUAGAAUUUAGUUUACAAAAUCAAAUUGAAGAUGUAGAUGAAGAAGUAAGAAUACCAGAUAAAGAUGAGAUUAUAAUCUUAUAGAAAUUAAUCAUUAAAAAGCUUGUCAAGAAAAUUGAGGAUUAAAAACAACUAAAUUAAUUACUCUAAACUAAAAUCAAAGAAUAUGAAAUUUGA